AUGGCGUCUCGCGCGUGGGUGGACGAUGCGGAUCGCGAUGUGGAGGAGCAGCUGCCUGACUUUGUGAAGCAGUCGCAUGUGCUGCCCGCAUGGGCCACCGUCUCGUCAUCGUCCAAAUUAAUGAUGGCAGCUCAAAAGCGAUUCCGCGACGAGGACUUGGACGAACUUCUCGCGCGGACGGAGCCACUGCUGACAUCGAAGCACGACCGAAAGUAUUCUGCUCUUCCACCCGUGCUCUCCGUGCUUCCACUUCCGCGUGACUCCGCACGGACGGUUCAAUGGCAUCGCAACGGGCAGCUGGCGGUGGUGGGUGGCAAUCACCACUUGUAUCUUUUUAAUGCCGCCGGCAGGUUUGUGGAGCAGCUUUCCAAGACAGAUGUGGAGAAGCGAAUCGAGUGCACCGCUCUUGAGGCCUCGGGGGAAGACGUCUUGAUUGUGGGUCACCAGUCCUACACACCAGAUCUAUUGGUGCUCUCAACGGAGAAGCUAAUCCCACUGAAGUUCCUUUUUACCCGCGACUCUGCCGUAUAUCGCAAUGGCCGACGUGAUAAUGGCAAGCAUGACUUUUACAUCACUAAUGUCGCUUUGCCGGCAACCAAUUCUUCCGCCAGGCUAGUGGGUAUAUCAAGCGGAGCCACCGUGACGGUCGGAUCCUUGUCGUCUGGCAGUGUCACCCACCGCAUCGAGAUGAGCGAUCCAGUGGUAGACAUCCUCUUUUCAGGAGGCCCACAUGAAUUAACCGUCGCAACUCGUACUAAAUUGUCGGUGUUUGAUUUACGCAAAAGUGCCCAGUUUCUGCGUGAAACUUGUGAUGACGGCACUGUAGACAUCACAACAUUUGCAACCUCUGACUCUGCCUUGGCCGUGGGCUCAAAAAGCGGUAUUGUUAGUAUUUACAACAAGGGCUCUUCAGGACCUGUGAAGAUUCUCAAGAAUUUGACGACAAGCAUUAGUCAUUUGGCAUUUGGAGAACGCAGCAACGGUGACGCCACCCUUGCAUACUCUACCAAGGGCCAGAAGAGUGGAUUUCGUCUCGCUGCUCUCCCGGAGUGCCGUGUUGUGCCGUCUUUCCCCCCUAUUUCGCAGAGGCAUCAAUUUAUUCAGAGUCUCACAAUAGCCCCGACCAUUCCCGUGUUGUCUGUUGGUGAAAAGCAGAAGGUCACGAACUACGCAUUGUGA